GAUCCGUGGACACCAAGAAUAUCUGUCUGGUGGAAAGCAGCUAUUGCUGACGAACAGCCAUCUAAAUUGAUUCAUUGUUCCUUGUGAUCAGUGUGUGACUUGAGGGUUUGAUAUUCGUCUUAAAUUGCUCCAAAAGAGUCCAAGAGGUCCACAAAAGCUGAAGCACUCUUCGAGUUGAUGGGGGCCUGGUAAAUCACGGGUCCCUUUCGUCAGGGACCAAACCUGGCGGCUCUGUCAUGAGGGACGGUGACAUUCCGACAAUCUUCAAUCCGCGUCGAGUUCGGACGCCUAGCGUCGUGGUAACAGGGGAUGAACAACCUCGAGGCAGCGUUCCAAACGGGCCGUUCAAUAGUUCCGCACGUAUUCAGCACACAGACUCAGUUACCGACAGUCAACAGGAGGCUGAGCUGUCUUCUAGCAGUGGUGCCCUGCACAAGCUGAAGAGUUGUAGGAAUUCAUGCUGCUCUGAAUCACUGCGGAAGUUCACCAAUAAAGGAUGUUCAUCUUUCAUUAUAGUUACCGACAGUCAACAGGAGGCUGAGCUGUCUUCUAGCAGUGGUGCCCUGCACAAGCUGAAGAGUUGUAGGAAUUCAUGCUGCUCUGAAUCACUGCGGAAGAUUUACUUUGGAGUGUGUGUAACCAUUUGUGUGACUGCUUCCUGGGUUGGUGCUACCCACUGCAUCAAGUACCUCUACCUCCAUCGAUCUGUUCCUAACACGGGCUAUUCAAAUAACAGCAACACACUGCACCACCACAUUGCUGUGUCCUACAAUGCUCCAUUCUUUACCACGUGGUUCUGUACAAACUGGACAGUCCUCUUCUUUCCACUUUAUUUCAUCUGUUGCCUGAUAUCAACCAAGUGUGAGUCACCUGGAAACAUCCUGCGGGAAAGUGUGAGGAAUUUCAGAGACAAGGGCUUUACUGCAGCUCGAUUUCUGACUCGCUGCAGUCUCUUCUGUCUCCUAUGGGUUGCAACAAACUACAUGUACAUCCACUCACUGCGGAUACUUUUAGCCACUGAUGUAAUGGCUUUGUUUGCCACAAAUGUGUCCUCUGUGUAUUUGCUGUCAUGGGUGAUCCUUCAUGAACAAUUUGUUGGUGUCAGGAUCGUGGCUGUGAUCCUGUGUGACACGGGUAUAGCACUGUUUGCCUACAUGGAUGGCAUCACUGGCAGUCCAACACUGGGAGGAGUGGUAUUGGCUGCUGGUGCAGCUGCGGGUUCUGCUGUAUAUAAGGUUUUAUUCAAGAAGGUAAUUGGAGAAGCCAGUUAUGGCCAAGUAUCUCUAUUUUUCUCACUAAUUGGCCUCUUUAAUGCUGCACUUCUGUGGCCUGUCUGCCUGGUGCUUUACUUCACGAGAGUGGAGACCCUGCACUGGGAGCAGCUGCCAUGGCCAGUGCUGCUUGCAGCUAGUGGACUUUCACUAGCUGCUAACCUCCUGGGGAACUUCAGUGUGGCAGUGACCUAUGAUUUGUUUAUCACCCUUGGCCUCAUCACAGCUGUUCCAGUUUCUGCAGCUUUAGAUGUGGUACUGUAUGGUGCCCAUUUUGUGGGCAUGAAACUGGCCGGGAUGAUUCUCAUAGCUGUAGGCUUCUUCUUGGUUAUGUUUCCAGACAACUGGCCUGACUACAUCACACGUCUUUUGCGAAACAUCAUCAUGUUGAGUCACAGUGCAAGGUGGAGUCGUCGUAAUCGCCAUGGUGUCCAAGGAAGCCAGAGGCGUGACAUUGUGGACUACAGAACAGGUUACAUUAGAUCACACCUCCGUUCUCCAUCAGGAAGGGUGAGAUGACCCGACCCAGGCCACAGCAUCACCGAUCUUGACCUAUGAUGUCACUUUCAGAAUCUUAGAUUAUUUCAGGAUGAAGUGAAUAAGUGCUAUUAGAUUUGGUGAGAUAAUCUGACCCCAUUUGAUAACUGAAAAGUAGCCAUCAGUAGCUAGGUAGUAUCACCAUCAGUUGAAAUAGUAUGGUGAAAACUGUCACAUUCACCUUGACUUCUCUACCUUGUGGCUGAAAAAACAUGGUGUCUAUAAAUGUGCCGUGAUCACAAGUGAGAGUCAAACUAAUGGUUAUCAUUCAGUGAACUCUAACCCUACGACUAUAUUCUGACUAGUUUUUAGAACCAUUUUAAUGACAUCACAAUCUAUAUUCAAAGAGCAGAUUAUAGCAUACGUCCUCUACCCUCAUGCACUUCAGAGAAAUUCAGAAGUUUCACCAAUUCCUGAAAACUAAACUAACUACAGUUAACAUUUUUCAGCUGCAGUCCAGCUGGUCAUGUGUUGCAGUAGCUUAUUGCUACACUUAAAUCACACCUAAGUUACAAUCUGGCCAGCAGCCUCUCAGCACAGGAAUUUAAACCCUCUUUUCUCAUACAACUCAGUUCAAGAACUGAAAAUAGUCUUAACAUUAUU